CUGAUGUUUAAACCGAUGUCGGUCCAACAGUUUGCUUUUGGUUCGUGAUGGCUUGAACGGUUAAUUCUUCUUUUCUGAUGUAUUCUUUUUGCAAAAGUAAAGUCAAGUGGGAUACUUUUCUCUUCUCUUUCUCCUCUGGGGUUGACUUUUAGACAAAGACUAAGAACAAGAAGUGAACAUACACAGAAUAAUGUUAAGCCAAACACUUCGGUUCUUGUAGGAUCUUGACUAAGAUGGAUCUCAAAAUCUUGAAUUGGGACUGGGAUCAAGAAUCUUACCCAGCUUCUUCUGAUUUCUGGGUCCUCAUCUUCUUCGCUCCCUUCUUCCUUUUUCUCCGAAUCAUACUCGACAGAUCCAUAUUUGAGAGAGUCGCUAGUAGUAUGGUGUUUCCUAGAGGAAGCUCUGCUGAUCCAAACGGUAGAAGAAAGAGGAUAGUGAAAUUCAAAGAAUCGGCUUGGAAAUGUCUCUGCUCCAUCUCUAUCGAAGCACUUGCUCUCCACGUCACUUAUAGUGAGCCAUGGUUUAAAGACACAAGAUGCUUCUGGUUAGGACCAGGAGACCAGAUAUGGCCUGACCAAAAGAUAAAGUUGAAAAUGAAGGGACUGUACAUGUUUGUCGGUGGGUUGAAUGUAUAUUCUUUCUUUGCUCUGUUCUUUUGGGAAACAAGACGAUCUGAUUUCAAAGUCAUGAUAGUUCAUCACAUUGUAACUUCAUUCCUCAUCAUCCUGUCUUACGUUUUCAGAUUUUCUCGUAUAGGUUCUGUAAUAUUGGCUCUUCACGAAAUCAGCGACGUGUUUCUAGAGAUAGGGAAGAUGUGCAAAUACAGCGGCUUAGAAUCCAUGACUAGUGUCUCGUUCAUCCUGUUUUUCCUGUCGUGGACGGCUCUGCGACUCGUCUAUUACCCUUUAUGGAUCCUGUGGAGUACCAGCUAUGAAUCUAUAAACGUGAAACUGGAGUGGGACAAGAAGCAUACGAUGGAAACUGGACUGCCAUUUACAGUGUACUACGUUUUCAACACACUUCUCUGGUGCUUACAGAUUCUUCACAUCUACUGGUGGGUCUUGAUAUGUCGUGUGCUCAUCGGCCAAGUCCGUUCCAAAGGCAAAAUCGAUAGAGACGUUCGUUCUGACUCAGAAGGUGAAGAUGAUGAACACCAAGAUUAAUUGUCUGGACUCUUGUCCAAUCAACAUCAGUGAUGUCGACUUGUUAGAUACAUUUGCCGAAUAAAAACAAUAGUUUUUGCGAAUACCCGUAAGUCGUAACCAUAUCUGUAUUUAGUUCAGUGGUUUUGAGGAUGCGUGAACAAAGCAAUGAUGAGAAAUAACAAAGCUUUGGGACGUACACCCCUAUCAUAACUA